AAGAUUUGUGCUGUCAGCUCCUUCUCCAAGCUCAGCACAUGGACCUGACCACUCUUUAGUGCCCAGCCUGUUGCAACUAAUAGAGUGGUGACGACCUGGAGUUAAGGAGCAGCUACUUCUAGAGACAGAUCAGCCAAGGGUGCUGAGAACCGGACUCAGAAUCAGAAGAGACAUGAGCAAUCCUCAGCCUUUGGAGGAGGAGGCAUAUGACAUGUCAGGUGCCCGCGUAGCCCUGACACUGUGUGUCACCAAAGCACGUGAAGGUUCAGAGGCAGACCUAGUCGCCCUGGAACGCAUGUUCCAGCAGCUGGGAUUUGAGAGUACCAUGAAGAAAGACCCCACAGCCCAGCAAUUCCAGGAAGAACUGGAAAAAUUUCAGCAGGCCAUUGAUGCCCGGAAAGACUUUGUCAGCUGUGCUUUCGUGGUGCUCAUGGCACAUGGGCUAGAAGGACACCUCGAAGGGGAAGAUGAGCAGAUGGUUAAUCUGGAGAACCUCUUCACCGUUCUAAAUAACAAGAAUUGCGAGGCCCUGAGAGCCAAGCCUAAGGUGUACAUCGUGCAGGCCUGUCGAGGAGAACACAGGGACCCUGGUGAAAGAGUAGGUGGAGACAAUAUUGCAAUGAUCACACAGGACAGUGACCAAACCAUCCCAACGUACACGGACACCCUCCAUGUCUACUCCACCGUGGAGGGGUACCUUUCCUACAGACAUGACAAAGAAGGCUCCUACUUCAUCCAGACCCUGGUUGAUGUGUUCACAAAGACAAAAGGACCCAUCCUGGAGCUUCUGACAGAGGUAACCCGGAGGAUGGCAGAAGCAGAGCUGGUUCAGGAAGGGGAAACGAGAAAAGUGAACCCCGAAAUCCAAAGCACCCUUCGGAAACGACUCUAUCUGCAGUAG